AUGCAGUGGGUAUGAGCCAUAGGUUGCAAGGAGAACAAAAACUGCGACGCCAUGGCCGUUCCAGUGCGGUAUCCAGCUCAAGAUGUCCUAUCUGGGUCACCCACGUCCCCAGAAAGCCCGAGCGCACCGCCUAGCAGGACUCCGCGAGGGUACUACGUUUCCAACGACUGGCGAGGCGCUUCAUCGCGCACACAUGCGAAGACCAACAUAAAGAUCAAAAGCCCGUUGCUGUCGCCCGAGGAACCGUCUGAUCUGUCUGUGCCAAGCCUAGGAGAAAGCGCCAUGAUGUCCCCUCACCCCAUGCAGACACAGUCGCCACUGGAAAUAGUGUCGCCACAGGGUUCACGAGUGGGAUAUAGCUUUGACAGCGACGAGACCCACGGGCAUCACCAACGCGGCCGUCCCUGCUGGCAGCUGCUGUGGAUGCUGCUCUCGGUAGUGUUCAUCACGCUGCUCAUCCCGCUGAUCGUGUUUCUACUGCCGUACACACGCACGGGCCGCCGGCCGCCCAACUUGGACGUCACCAGAGUGUUCAGCAAGGUUAACCUCACUUCCAGCCCGUGGCCCGCCGCGCAGAUGACAACGCCGGGCUUACCGAGGGAAACCUUUGACCCUGAUGAGAACUUCCUCCUGCCGCCGGGCGAGACCAAGGAACAGUUCUGCAGGAGGAAGAUUGGGCCAGAGUUAGGCCCUCCACCGCCCGAUUAUGAGCUGCCAGCGAUCCCGCCUGCUCCGAGACCGAAAGAUGUACAAUUGCGUCCAGUAAUCUGCGUCUUGAACGCUAAAUAUCGACGCUCCCUGGACGUGUACCUGCACUACUAUCUGCCGCUAGACUACUGCUCUGAGAUCGUCGUGUACAGCUACGCGGUGAACAGGACCUCCGGCGCGAUCGCGCAGAAAUACCGGAGCGUCGAGAGCUACGUGGACGCACUGCGGACCUUGAAGAACAGCGGCCAACUCAAGCACCGCACGAAUAACAUCACCGUGUACUUCACCGUCGGGGGAGAGCGCGAGGACAGCGCCAACCUUUCGUUGGUGGCAUCAAACAAAUUUCUUCUGUAUACCUUCGGGUUUGAUGCGAAGGCGAAAGUUCUCCGAAGCCAAUUAUGGGAGGGAAUAAAUGUGGACUGGAACUAUCCGGGAGACGCAUGCAGCAAUGACGUUCCCGCCGGCCGGGACCAUUUCUAUACCCUGAUAGACCAUCUUAGCUCCUUCCAUCAUCUGCGCCUCAUUGUCAGCGUCCCGCCAGUGAAGUCGCGGCUCAGUCGCUACAGCCUCGACAAAAGGGUCAGCGCAGUCGAUUACGUCAUCAUCAAGACGCACACCCACACGGCGUCCCCAUCACUGCUCAAUGUCGUCAGGUGCAGCGGCGACCAGAGCGUCGCGGCAGACGUUUUCAACGAAGCGCUCAGUACGUUCAACAUGACCGACAAGGCGAAUCUGGGAUACAGCAUUUCGGUGGGUCCUGAGACUUUCAAGGCCCCGGCCGCCCAGCUUGGAGCUCCUGUGCUGGGUAUGAUCGAAUGGGACAACACCACGCGUCAGCCCGGCCGGACUAGCUACGCCUCCGUAUGCCGUAUGCCUGUUUUCUUGACACCCUCGCAUCCUGAGUGCCUCAUGGUCAUGCGCCGGAUUGACAAUCAAACUGUGCACGUGGCGACGUUCGCCAACGAGACCGCGCUGCAGCAGCGCAUGAACCGCACGUACGCGGACCAAAUGGCCAUGGCGCCCGUGGCCGUGUUCGACAUCGACCUCGACGACGUCGAGGGAAAGUGCACUGGCGUCAUGUCGCCGCUCAUACGUGCCGUGGCCACGGGGCCUGGCUGACUUGUCGGUGACGACGGGGGACGUGCAGGGAUUGAUUGACCAGGAAGCGGCCUCACUCCCUGCACGAGACACGCCUCGCCGACGGCGCUGCUCAACAGGCGUGCGCGGAUCUCGGAGUUUUGUUACGGAAGCAAAGGGAGUCGUUUCCCUAUGGUAAAUUAGCCACCUCGAAUUGAUGGCUCGAAUUCGCUGUCCUGAACGAAAAUGUUUUGUCAUAACGUAGGUGCGAGAUAGCGCGGACGAUCUAGUUCUUUUUUUUUCUCCGCCAAUAAUAAACGCAUCUUUGACUUAAAAGUAGCGCAUUGGCUUCGUUGCACGGUGCGUGACAAAUCAGGGCUGAAAUGGGGGAGUAGGGGAGUUUGGUGCGAAGAUGAAGCCUGGCCCACGGUGGUGGUUCAGACUCGCUGGAUCAGAACCAGAGCAGAAGGCGCAUAUUCCAUCGAAAAGGCGCCUCUAGCGACUAAAAAUCCAGGCGGAAUCACCAUUUAUAGAAAGAAGAAAGAAAAUACAAAAAGUAAGUCGGACUUCGGUAAAUCCUCCGGCACUGAACUCGUUUGAAGUGACAGCAUCGUUUUAAGAACUACUGCUUCCUUGCGGUGCGCACAGCGUCGCCGCCUUCCGUCGCAGUAUAUCACGCUGUGGCCUCCGCAAUGCGUGCGCAGGUUACACCGCUGUUAAGAGUUUCGGGGAUCGCACCAGAUCCCACACAAAUUACAAAGUAGUGUGGAAUCUUGCGCACUAGCUCGGUGUUUAAGACACCCUGUUCGCAUUUGCACAUUUCUGGCAAGAGCGUUCGUUGGUUCACCAUUGGUGGUCAUGGGCGAAGUAAGCUUUUAUUCUCCAUAUUGUGAUGGCAAAUUCAAGGAAGCGUUUAGACGAAGGAAUGUCUCCCUGGUGUUCCCUUCCCCUGCAUGCUAGGAGAGAAAGCAAGACUUACUAUUGUUUUCUGAUGAAGUGUUAGACAGUUUCCCCAAGUACGAUAAGUUAGACCACUAUGCCUUCACGAUUGUGUAGGACCGUAUGACGUGUUAUACGAGAAAUGUUCGUACCAAUAGAUUCAAGCCAGUCCUGAUUUCUAACGUGUAAUCAGCAAAGGCUACCGUCCAAUACCAAACAGCACUUACGACAUCUAGUACUGUGAAAUACUAGCAUGUCAAGGAAUUUAGAACAUUGCCGCUUCGGCAAUGUGUUAAACAUGACCGCAGUACAACAGCGUAACUCAAUGGGCAACAUAAAAAAGUUUUUGAAAAGAUUGGCCGAGCUGCAACUAGUUUCAAAUAGCAAAGUGGAGAGGGUACUUCCUUCUAAUAACACACGCAUUUAUGACAUUUAGACGGCACUCAGUGCUGCGGUAUAGCAUUCUGGUCCCCACCAAAACACUGCUUUGAAGCAGCAGCUAAGUGCUAUCAUUGCGAAGGGUCAAUACCCAAAAUUCCUUCGUAUGUAUGUACAUUGCAUGCUUUGCUCGAGGCAGCUGAUGUUUCUUGUCGCCUUCACGUAAAUAGGUAUAGUUACCAUGCCCCCUUCCCCUCAUACUCUAAAAAGUGCAGGGCAAGGUGCUUGUUGUUAGGUGUUAUUGAUAUAAUUUAAGGAGUUGUUGACGCACAUUUGAAGACACCGGCUACUCCUUAGCUCUUGAAAGGGUGUUUUACAAUAUAUAGGGUACAGGAUUACAUGCCUGUGAAAUACCACGUGAGGUAGCCGCUUGCAUGCACUGAUUGCAGUGCUCCCAAACUGUCCGCGUACAAAAUAAGAUAGCAUCUAGCAGAGCGUGCUGCCGCCUAAAAGGUGACAGGACAGUGACGAAGGCGUUGGCUGUGCGAUUUACGCUAGCGAUGUGCUUCGCUCGCGGCGGUUCGUGAUAGCGAUAAGCGGACUCAGCAGCUGCACACCCGGCUAAAUUAAUGCUAUCCUCGUGUGCGCGUGGAACGCUUGGGAGCAUAUAAUUCUGGCGCAAGACUUGCCAAGACAGCGCAAACCAGCUAUUAGGUCGUGUAGAAUGGCGUUACGCACUUGAACCCAUCGGUUUGAUCUGACUGUUUUUGUUUCAUUUCCUUGCGUGUUUGUUCAAAGUCUGGCGUGCGCUUCACUUCAAAUUUUAUGUGACCAAGCGCAUGGCGUUCAUUGGCGAAAGAUGCGAGUGGAGACUUUUGCUUAUCGUGAAAGUUCACGCUGCGGCAUCCGACGCGCUGUGCCUCGUCGUGACGAUAAAUGCGCAACGCUCUGCGAAGGAACGUCGCGACACAACACAGGCUCUGAGUGUCCGACGUGCAGCAAAAUUAGUAAGUUGAACGUUUUCUAAUAAAUUUGGAUAAUGUUGUCUUUUCCGAUACCUGUUGGACAUGAAUACAUGGCGUCGCGCGGAAUUGCGAAUGAUAUUGUGAAAAGGUUUCGCAUAUGUUGCUAUACAUUACGACUAUGGGAUGGCCAUAGUAAUUUUCAUCCAAUGAAACAUGUUUUGUUUGGU